AUGUGUGCAUGGGUGCGUAACAAAGUGUUUGACGUGGAAGUACACUGCAGUGACGUCGACCAGAUUGCUGAGCUGGAGCCGUUGAUGAACCCUUUUGGAACAAAUUGCAAAUCGACGCGGCCAACGGGCGGGCGUGCGAGCGUUGUCCGAGUUCCGCUUCCAGCAUUCUCGCAGAUUGGCGCCGGCCUCGUGUCGUUCGGAACCUUCUUCAUCUUUGUGGGCAUCCUGCUCUUCUUUGACGCUGCACUCCUUGCGCUCGGCAACGUGCUCUUCACGGCUGGCAUUGCACUUCUCAUCGGGCCGCAGAAGACGUUCUACUUUUUCGCGAGGAAGCAAAAGAUUCGAGGCACCAUCUGCUUCUUUGCUGGCAUGUUCCUCGUCUUCUGCAAGUGGGCCGUGAUUGGAAUGGCCGUGGAAGCGUUCGGCUUCCUCAACUUGUUCGGACCGACGCUCAUUCAUGAACAUGAUUCAGAGCCUGACGCGCGCUUUUCCCGUAUUCCGAAAUUCGCGCUUGUCGGUCGUACUCGAAUCGACUCGUCUUGGUUGCCUUCCUCAUCAUCCCUUGCCCCCUGCCUCAUCGCUUCCCAGCCACUCUCCCGACCUUUGCAUCGAAACGAGAUGGCGUCGUCACCAGCUGCUAGCAGUCCUCUCGCAGCACGAACAACGUCAAACGAUGCAUCUACAUCAGCACAGAAUGCCCAGUCAAACGGCAGCAGAGAGCGUUCCAAUUCAUCCGCCCCGCUCGCCAAGCGAUUCAAGCCAGACCAUCCCGACUCAUCUGCAGCAGGUCCAUCCAUCAAUGCCGCCUCUACGUUGAACGAUGCGGGUACAGCGCAGCUUCAAAGCGGGCCCAGACCAGCCGCUGGUGCUGCUGGCGCUCCAGAUCAAAGAGACAAUUUCGACAGCCUGGUAGAUGUGAUGGGCGCAUCAGGUGUCGACUUGCAAGCCGAGGAAGAGGCAAUCCAGCGUCGAGAACUCAUGCAACAGUCCCAGAAUGCACAACAAAAGGGAGCUCAGUCCGAUGAUGACGACCUCUUCUUGCAGAUGUAUCCGCUCGCAUACAAGGUGCACACUCUUGCUCAGCAACACGGCCUCAGCGUCGAUGCUGCGGUGCUCAACUAUCUGUCGCUAGCCGCAAGAACACGCUUGAAGAACGUGCUCGAGACCAUGAUCGCAUCCUCCCGUCAUCGCAGCUGGUCUUCCCACCAACAUCCUCCGCCCCUCUAUCCGUCUACCUCUCAGCCAAUGUAUCACGAACAAAUCAUCAGCGACCCCAUCAAGCAGCUAGCAGCGCUCGAAAAGGCUGAAAGAGGCCAAGAGGCUCGCAGACGUCGCGAACGUCUGGCUCGAGAUCAAGAGUCAUCCACGCUUGCAUCAGGCUACGGCGGCGACGACGUGGAUAUGGAUGACGGCACGGGUACGUCUAAGACAGACGGAAGGAAAAGACCCAAAAAGAUGGGUCCCGGUGUGGCGGCCAGAAACAUGUCGGAGGACGUGCGCAAGAGAUUGGCGGACAGCACAGCCAUGCGUAACCUGGGUGGAGGCUCAUCCAAGUACUCUUGGCUGUCCGGAGGGUCCUCUUUCCCGAGCACAUUCAGCCCUCUCGGCGGCAAAAAGGGCAAAGCCGACGCAGGUGCCGCCGAGGAUGGCAGUACACCCAGUCGGCUUCCCAAGCCAAAGUUCGCGCCGCAACCGUCCGUAUCGAAUUGGGGCGGCUCAGGCACAGCUGACAACGGUACUGGUGCUGCUGCUGCUGCGUCGACCACAGCGUCGACAGGUGCCUGGGGCGACGUGGCUGCACGACAGGCGGCGAAAGAGGAGGAGGAGAGGCAGGCAAGACUCAAGGUGACCUUGCGAGACGCUCUCUUCGCACUCGAGUACGAGCGGAAGGCUGGCGUAGGAUACGGAAGUGGCGAGACGCUGUUGUACAGGAUACGUGCGGGUGGGGAGCAAAUGCUGAAAACCAAGGAGACAUAG